CACUAUCUUCUCUCUCUCUCUCUCUGAUCAAUGGCAAGCCAAAAGCUCUUCCCUGCCGGACUCAUGGUCCUAAUUGUUGUUCUUGUCCUAGUCCAUGAAGCUUGCAGUGCCAACAAUAGUCAUUACCAAUGUCCUGCUUCUUCCUGCGGCAAUAUCCACAAUAUAAGAUAUCCCUUUCGGUUGAAUGGUAUUGAUCCACCAAACUGCGGUGAUCAAAGGUAUAAUCUGUCAUGUGAGAAUAACCAAGCAGUGUUAUACUUAUAUGAUGGAAGAUACUAUGUACAGGAGAUCGAUUACCACAACUACACAAUCCGACUUGUAGACUCAGGUAUUCAGAAGGAUAACGACUCCUUCAUCCCUCGUUAUUCUCUAGGCCCAACUAAUUUCAGUUCAGGGGAUCCAUAUGCUCCAUAUCAUCCAUAUUCGAUCAACUGCAAUUCGUGUGAAGCUAACUUAUAUAGUUAUUGCUCUUUGAGCUUGCCCAAUCUGUAUCAGAAUCAGAAAUAUAUGGUUUUCGUGAACUGCGAGAGAAAAGUGGAGCCUCCAUUAUAUUUGGACAUUUCUAGUUGCUUUAAGAAUGGAGGAGUAGUGUAUUCUUCCAACUCUUUUUUAUCCCAUUCCAAGAGGUAUACAUAUGUUAUUGCUGGCACAACCUGGCCAGCAUAUUGCUUUCCAGAAGACCAGAUAAUGAGCACAUGGGAUUUGGAGGAGUCGUGCCAAAUAGAGCAAAUGUAUCUGUCAACAUCGAGGGUAUCUUGUCCAAAUAAUAGUGAUGGAUAUUUUCGAUGUACUGACUUUCACGAUGCAGUGGUCUCCGGCUUUAUGCUUUCAUGGUUCCAAGUUGCUUGUCAUAAUUCCACACCUAGAGAUGAUUAUUGCAACAUCAAGGACGACGCGAAUUACCCUGUUCGGUGCGACGUCCCAGGAGGGCCCGUGAGAUUCUAUAUUAAACUAUUUUGGAAAUGUGGCAAAGUUCUUGCAGCUGUUAUCAAACUACUAGUGCCGAGGAAAAUAAGACAAACAUUGGGCAUUCCUUAUGUUGGCAUGGACGACAACGGCAUUGUGGGCACCGGUGUACCGUCGAACAUGUUCUACCUCAUCGGUCAGAACCCCUCUCUCUCAAUCUUCUUUAAUUUUGGGAAAAAUUCAUACUCUUCUCAUUAUUACUCAAUUAACAAUGUUUCUCUAAACUUUCAAUUGGAACAAUGUCUUUCCUAAAGUACAAAAAAAUUAACAAUGUCCACCCAAGGCCAUGAAAAAGACAAAAAAUGACCAUAAUUUUUUUUUCUAGCAAGACAAAAAUAUGAGUAAUGGUAAAAGUCCCUCUGGUGUCUUUUUUAUGUCAA